AUGGCAGCCGCGUCGCUAAUACCGAAUUCUAUCGAAAUCCCUUUACGGGAUACCGAUGAAGUAAUAGAGUUGUACUUAGAUCAAUUGCCAGAUGGAGAAGAAGUGCUUGGAAUUUUGCGUCAAGAACAUACAGUUCUCAGUAUUUGGGUUAAUUUGGCAUUGGAAUAUUACAAACAGGGUAAAAUUGAAGAAUUUAUUAAAAUCCUUGAUGCAUCCAGAACUGAUGCCAAUAUUGAUUAUAGAGAUUUUGAAAAAGACCAAAUGCGAGCACUGGAUAUGUUGGCAGCUUACUAUGUUCAACAAGCAAAUAAAGAAAAAAACAAAGAUAAAAAAAGAGAUCUCUUUACAAAAGCUACCUUACUUUACACAACAGCUGACAAAAUUAUUAUGUAUGAUCAAAAUCACUUACUUGGUAGAGCUUAUUUCUGCUUACUGGAAGGUGAUAAAAUGGAACAAGCAGAUGCUCAAUUUAAUUUUGUUUUAAAUCAAUCACCAAACAAUAUUCCAUCACAAAUUGGAAAAGCUUGCAUUGCUUUUAAUAAAAAAGACUAUAGAGGGUCUCUUGCUUUUUAUAAAAAAGCUCUAAGAACUAAUCCUAAUUGUCCUGCUGCUGUUAGAUUGGGUAUGGGACAUUGUUUUGUCAAGCUUGGGAAUUUAGAAAAAGCCAGAUUGGCUUUUGAAAGAGCUUUACAACUUGAUCCACAGUGUGUCGGAGCCUUAGUUGGUUUAGCAAUUUUAAAACUUAACAUUCAAGAACCUGAAGAUAUUAGAGCAGGAGUACAAAUGCUGUCCAAAGCAUACACAAUUGAUAUGUCUAAUCCUAUGGUUCUUAAUCAUUUAGCUAAUCAUUUUUUUUUUAAAAAAGACUAUAAUAAAGUACAACAUUUGGCAUUGCAUGCUUUUCACAAUACCGAAAAUGAAGCAAUGAGAGCAGAAAGUUGUUAUCAAUUGGCAAGGGCAUUUCAUGUUCAAGCUGAUUAUGACCAAGCCUUUCAGUAUUACUAUCAGGCAACUCAAUUUGCUCCAAGUGCUUUUGUUCUUCCACAUUACGGACUUGGUCAAAUGUACAUAUAUAGAGGAGAUUCUGAAAAUGCUGCACAGUGCUUUGAAAAAGUUCUCAAGGCUCAACCGGGAAAUUAUGAAACUAUGAAAAUUUUGGGAUCUUUAUACGCCAAUUCCACUAGUCAGUCAAAGAGGGAAAUUGCUAAAAAUCAUUUAAAAAAAGUUACUGAGCAGUUUCCGGAAGAUGUUGAAGCUUGGAUAGAGUUGGCUCAAAUUUUGGAGCAAUCAGAUGUACAAGGUGCGCUUUCAGCGUACGGCAUGGCAAUUAAAAUUUUAAGAGAUAAAGUUCAGGUAGAAUUACCCCCAGAAAUUUUAAAUAAUGUCGGAGCUCUUCAUUACCGGUUAAACAAUUUGGAAGAAGCAAAAAAAAAUUUUGAAGAUUCUUUAGCAAGAGCAAAAACAGAAUCAGAAAUCGAUCCGCAAUAUUAUAAUUCUAUUUCUGUGACUACUACUUACAAUUUAGCAAGGCUAAAUGAAUCUCUUUGCCAAUAUGAUCGUGCCGAAAAAUUGUACAAAGAUAUUCUUCGAGAGCAUCCAAAUUAUGUCGAUUGCUACCUUAGAUUGGGCUGUAUGGCUCGAGAUAAAGGUCAAAUAAGUGAAGCAUCCGAUUGGUUUAAAGAUGCGUUGCAAAUAAACAACGAUCAUCCGGAUGCUUGGUCUCUUUUGGGAAAUCUUCAUCUUGCUCAAAUGGAAUGGGGACCAGGACAAAAAAAAUUCGAAAGAAUUUUAAAAAAUUCAUCAACUUCAAGUGAUGCGUACUCUCUAAUUGCACUUGGUAAUGUUUGGCUUCAAACGUUACAUCAGCCAACAAGAGACAAAGAAAGGGAAAAACGACAUCAGGAAAGAGCUUUAGCUAUGUACAAGCAAGUGUUAAGAAACGAUCCACGAAAUAUUUGGGCUGCUAAUGGAAUAGGAGCAGUUUUAGCUCACAAAGGAGCUAUUAAUGAGGCGAGAGAUGUUUUCGCUCAGGUCAGAGAAGCUACUGCCGAUUUUUGCGACGUAUGGCUUAACAUAGCUCAUAUUUACGUUGAACAAAAACAAUACAUUAGUGCAAUACAAAUGUAUGAAAAUUGCCUAAGGAAAUUUUAUAAAUAUCCUCACGUUGAAGUUUUACAAUACUUGGCUAGAGCAUACUUUAAAGCUGGAAAAUUAAAAGAAGCAAAAAUGACAUUGUUGAAAGCUAGGCGUGUUGCUCCUCAAGAUACUGUUCUGCUUUAUAAUAUAGCUUUAGUCCUUCAAAGACUAGCCAUGUUUAUUUUAAAAGAUGUAAAGUCCACUCUAACUACUGUUCUUCAAGCCGUGCACGAAUUAGGUUUAUCUCAUAAAUAUUUUCAAUACUUGGCUGUUUACGGAGACCGAAUGAAAUAUGAUUUGGCUUUAGCAGCUAUGGAAGCAAGGCAAUGCCAAGAUUUACUUUCUCAAGCUCAGUAUCAUGUUGCAAGAGCACGAAGAGUUGAUGAAGAGGAAAAACAAUUGCGUAAAAAGCAAGAAGAAGAACGAGAAGCUUUCAGAGUCAGACAAAUGGAAGAACAAAAAAAAUUAGAGGAAAGACGUCGUCAAGAAGCCGAGCAAAUGUUAAUAAAGAGACAAGAGUAUAAGGAAAAAACUAAAAACGCAAUUCUUUUUACUGAACUUCCAAAUGAGAUGAAACCGAAGAGCAGGGGUAAAGGGAAAAAGGAUUAUAUUACAGAUUCAGACGGAUCUGAUGCUGAAAACGAAAAACCAAAAGAGCCGAAAGAAAGAAAACGAUCGGAAAAAAGGAAAGAAGGAAGAAAAGGUGGAACGAAAAGAAGAAAAGAGAAGAAAGAAGGAGGCGAUAGUGAUUCGGGUAGUGAUAAACCAAAAAGAACAUCAAGGGGAACCAAAGAACCUAAAAAGAGAAGAAAAAAAGUUGACGAUGGUUUAAGUGCGAAACAAAAAAUGAAAAUAGUAUCUAAAGCUACAAUUUCGACGAGUGAAUCGGACAGCGAUACUGGAAAAUUAAAAAUAGCUAGCGGAAACGAAAGCGGAAGUGGAAGCGAUAAGGCUCCUCCUAAAAAGCAACGUAGAAUUCGUUCCAGCGGUUCAAGAUCUCUUUCUCGAUCCAAAUCUAAAAGUGUUUCUCCUUCAAAACUUGAUGACAAAGAAGAAACCAGGAGUAGAAAAUCUCGUAGUCGCAGUCGAAGCGGAAGUCGUAGCCGAAGCCGGAGUCAAAGCCGCAGCCAAAAAAAUCGGGAGCCUCGAGUAGAUCGGGCUCUCGUUCUCGAUCUCCAUCCAGAGAAAGGGCUCGAUCUCAUAGUUCAGCAAGAAGUCGGUCUCGAUCUGGUUCUCGAGCACAUUCUGCAAAAACACAAAGUGGGAGUCCCUCAUCCGUCAGAGGAAGUAAAAGCCGAUCAAGAUCCCAUUCGAGAGGUUCAUCAAAAUCCAGGCAAUCUUCUCGCUCUAGAUCUCUAUCGAAAUCUCGAUCGAAAUCUCGAUCGAGAUCUCGAUCGGUGUCUAAAUCUUCGGUUACUUCUAAUAAAAGUAAAUCGUGAUCUCCCCAUAGAUCAACAAAAUGUAAAAGCGAUUGAAUUAAUUAUAUUCGUCGUGGUUUUACGCACAAAAAAAUUUUAG